GUUCAUAUAACAUAAAAAUAAUGCUGGUUGAUGCUGCCGCCACAUUAUACUUCCUCGAUGAAAGCACGGAUGCUGAUUCUAUUAAAUUAUUGGAUUCAAUAAAGAAGAUUCCCGUGCUUGCUGAUACUCGUUUAAAAUCUAUUGAUUGCGAUGUCAACCCUUCCUUGCAAGAUCCAU